AUGGAUAUCGAUCAAAAUAUUUCGUCCCCUCUUAAUUCAUCUAACGAGAAAUGCGACUCGGACUCUUUUCAUUUGGAUAACGAGGCUAAGCUCGGCCAAAGUUUGGCAUAUGCUGCUAUACUCGUUUUCAGUUUCGUUGGAAACUCUCUCAUCGCGAUAGUUUGUUACAGGGAGAAGAACUUGCGCACUACAGUAGACUUCUUUAUUCUCAACAUGGCGUGCUCUGACAUUCUGUUUGCCAUAACAGUCGUACCUCGCAGGAUAACAGAGACACUCUCCACCCCGUUUGAAUGGCAUAUCAAUGGAUUCCUUGGAGAAGUACUUUGCAGGAUGACACACAUCGUCCAAGACGUGUCCACUGCUGUUUCCAUUGAAAGUUUAGUCGUAAUAGCUUUUGAUAGAUUUCGAUCGAUCAUGUUCCCUUUGAGAACCAACACUGUCACGCCUUCGAUAAGGAAGAUCUUCAUUGUCCUUACUUGGGUUGUGGGGUUUGGAUUCCACGCACCUUACAUAUAUGCCUGGCGCCUAUCCUCUCAAGAAAAUAAGACGUUUUGUAUCUACAGCUGGGGACCGUUUUAUGAACAGGAUAAUGCUAGCAAGGAAUAUUUCCUUGUGUUGUCUUUUUUCUUAUUCAUUCUCCCUAUGGUAACGAUGAUUAUUCUAUAUUCUCUCGUCAUUUCUAAAUUACGACAGCGAAAAGUGCAGGUAAUUAAUCAGUCAAGCAUCCAGAAGAACUCUUGGAACAGGCGCACUAGGAAUGUUCUCAGAACUGUCAUUGCUGUUGUUGUUGUUUUCGCUUUGUCCUGGCUUCCAUUCAAUAUUUCCAUCUACCUGAUUCUCUUCUACUGGGAUCUUAACCCGUCAUGUGUUGCAAGAACCAUGGUUAGGUUCAUCGUCAUCUUCGCUCACGCGAAUAACGCCAUCAACCCGUACGUCAUCUUUGGUUUUAGCACAAAUUAUCGAAGUGGAUUGAAGGCCUUAUUUUGCUCUUUGAAGAUGAGAACUCGAGUAAAACGAACAAAGGCAGUUGCCAUGUUCGAUUUGAACAAAAUAUCGGAAAUUAAUCUGGGCCGCCCGGAUGGAAAUCCACCUGAAACUAAUCUCCAUUAUGAGUACAUGGAUAAGCUUUAA